AUUAUAGGAAGUUUAUUUUUUGGGCCCUUGAAAGAAGAACAAUUUCGGAAAAAAAGCAAUAAAGAAAUUUUGUUUUAUUUUUUUCACCAAAUUAAUUUAAUUUUUUACUAUCCAAAAGUACUCUCCAAAACAAUUACAAUAAUGCCGGAAAAUGAUAUUAGCAAAAUGAAGGUUGCCGAUCUAAAGCGUGAACUCAAACUUCGUGGUUUACAAACUACUGGCAACAAGACGGAACUUCAAGAGCGCCUUCAAAAUGCCUUGAUUGACGGUGAUCUGUCGCUCGAAGAUACCGCAAUCUCCGGCGAAGAUCUUCUCGAAGAUGUUCUCACUGACGAAGAAGAGAAGGCCCUAAUACUGCCACCCGACGAAAACGAGCUACUCAAAUCACCUUCCAGUGAGGUUGCCCUUUCCUUCUCUUCCACAGAUAAACCACUCGAAGUGCCACCGCCGGCACAGGCCAAAAAAAUUGUCCUCAAACGUAAGAGUUCAAUUACACCCUUAACUUUAGAUUCGCCAGUAGUUCCAGCGGCUAAAGUUGAUACUGCAAUAAACGAUGAAAAUGGAAGCGAUACCAAAAUAGCAAAAAUCGAUUCAAAGCCAAAAAUUGUCAAAGUCUCUGCUCUAACGCUAGAGGAACGUUUACAAAUGCGUGCUAAGAAAUUUGGCAUUGAAGAGAACAAACUGAGUAGUUUGAAUACAAACUCGAGUGCGGUUGGCACUGCGGCGAUGACAGUAGCUGGCAAAGAUGUCGAUCCGAAACAGAUUGAGACACUUAAGAAGCGAGCCGAACGAUUUGGAUGUGUGGUUGCGCCUGCUAUUGCAGUAAUCACAGCAAACGAGAAAUUGGAGAAACGAAAACAACGAUUUGGUGAUGUGUCCGGCGACAGUGACAAGAAAGCAAAUGCUGAUGGAAAAGAUUUGUAUGCGGAGAAGGCGCGACAACGAUUGGAGAGGUUUAAAACGGUGGCCAAUUGAAUUCAAUUGCUUUUACUCUUAUUUCCAUCAUUAAAAAAAAAGAAAACGUUUUUUUUCUCUUCUUUAUCACCUCGGUUUAUUAUAAAAAAAAAAUGUUAAUCGAUUUCUUUCAAUAUAGUAACAUUUACUAAAAAUUUUUGUAUAAGAAGGCACUAGCCAGAUGAAUCUGUAUUUAACAACAACAAAUUAAACAAAAUGACAAUUGCUUACUUAAACUUUAAA